AUGGACAGCAGUGAUGAUGAUAUCCCAUCAUCACCAGAAUCUUCACAACCCUCAGACCAGACUCCAAUAUGUCGCAACUUUCUAUGGGGUCAUUGUGGUAAAGGUGCUGCCUGUAAAUUCCGUCACGUUUUUGAUUUAGAGGUCAUGAAAAAUACCCUAAAAUUUUGUCAUGACUAUCAAAAUAGAAAUUGUUCACGAAGGGGUUGCAAUUAUUUGCAUACCACUACAGAAGAGCAAUGCUUAUUUUUUGCCACUGGAAAAAUCCCGAGAGUCCUAGCAGAGAGAUAUGCUAAAAUGACAAAUUCAUCUAAUAAUGUCAACGAACUAAACGCAUCUAGGCCAAAUCAAUCUAUUUCUAUGCCUGGGCCUUCUACCAGAAUGUCUGGUCCAGGUCCCUCUUCCACAGUUUCUAUGCCCGGGCCUUCUACCAGAAUGUCUGGUCCAGGUCCCUCUUCCACAGUUUCUAUGCCCGGGCCUUCUAACAGAAUGUCUAUGCCAGGUCCCUCUUCCACGAUGUCUGUGCCUCGUCAUAUCUCUAUACAGCAAUUACCUUCACCAUCUACCCGAAGCUCUGCACCAAUCACAGACUCGGCAAUGUAUUCAGCUCCUGGACCAUCACGCAUGCAAUAUUCAAAUCGAAUGUCACCACCGAAUUAUUUACCAAGUAUUACCUAUUGCAAUGCGGCCAUGAGCGAGAAACAUAAAAAAAUAAUCGAGAGAAUAGAAGUCUUGAAGAGAAAAAGAGAGUUUAUUGAACGCAAAAUCAGCACUAUUAGGCAACGAUCAGGGCACACAACAAUGAUGUCCUUAGUGGUGGAGUUAUUUGAGAUCUGGAAAUCUGAGACAAAUGAAUCGAUGAAAAUAAAAAUAUUCCAAAUAAUUACCUAUUUGGAGGAAAACGAUGCUCCACCUGCUCCUAGCGAAUACAGAGAAGUAAUUAGCUAUUUAAGAUCACAAAGAAGUGGUUUAGUUCGCAACUCCGCUCUGGAUUUUGUUAUUAGACUAUUUCAAAAUCUAGAGGAUGAAUACGCGAAUCGAAUACUUGGUGUUGAAAAUUCCAAUUAUUCAAAUGAUUUUCCACGCAACGGUGGUCUCAACCUUCUUAAUGGACACGCUGCAAGUGGAAUUCCAGAAGAAGAACAGCCCUAUCCUAAUCACAGUAGCCCUCCUCCAAGGAUGCCGCAAAUACCCCAUGCAGAUUCAGUAAACGCUGACUUGUCAUAUGAAAUCAACGACAAUGUUUCCACCAACGAGAGUCCACCUACGGCGUUCUACGGAUUGCCUAAUGCAGAUUCUUGGAUAAGUACAUUACAGCAAACACUAUUGAAAUAUCUAAUUGGUAACAUUGCUUCUACAAGUGAAACAGAAGAGGAGCGGGCAGAAGCAAGAAAAUCAGAAGAGAGAUCGGGAUCAUUACCAGGCGUUGCCACAACUGAACCGCAGCCCUACCCGAACUCUAAUAUGCCCCCACAAAUUUCACAACACUAUCUUCCGGAAGUACCAGUUGCACGCACAUCCAUGGAGUAUCAACGUAGCGUAGUGCGGGCUCCGACACAGCCAUCUGUAGCAAGUGCCUCAUCUCACGUGUACCCACAACCGCCGCCUCUGGUGUACCCACGGCAGCCAACGAAGAUGUACCCACAACGGCCAUUUGAGCGGCCCCCACAACGGCCGUUACUCGAGGUCCCACAAUGGCCAUUUGAGCGGCCCCCACAACGGCCGUUACUCGAGGUCCCACAAUGGCCAUUUGAGCGGCCCCCACAACGGCCGUUACUCGAGGUCCCACGAUGGCCAUUUGAGCGGCCCCCACAACAGCCGUUACUCGAGGUCCCACGAUGGCCAUUUGAGCGGCCCCCACAACGGCCGUUACACGAGGUUCCACAAUGGCCAUUUGAGCGGCCCCCACAACGGCCGUUACUCGAGGUCCCACGAUGGCCAUUUGAGCGGCCCCCACAACGGCCGUUACUCGAGGUCCCACAAUGGCCAUUUGAGCGGCCCCCACAACAGUUGUUUCACGUGCCUCCACCACAACCAAUUGAGUUGCCUCUACAACAGCCGCCUCGCGUGUCCAUAACACCACCGCCGUACGUGGUUCCACAACCGCAGCGUCCAAUACAACAACCUUAUCACGUGCCUCCAGAACAGCCCCCACAACAACCAUCUCACGGGCCACAAUCACCGAAUAACUCAGACUCAUAA